UUUCAAGUCAACGUCACGUCAACGUCAAAAAUUAAAUUAUAAAAGGAGGCGUAUUCUUAAAAUUUUGUAGAAUUUUGUUAUAAUAUAAUAAUGAUUCGUUUCAUCCUUAUUCAAAACCGUGCUGGUAAGACUCGUCUUGCUAAAUGGUAUAUGAAUUUUGACGAUGAUGAAAAACAGAAAUUAAUUGAAGAAGUACAUGCAGUUGUUACCGUACGAGAUGCAAAACAUACCAAUUUCGUUGAGUUUCGUAACUUCAAAAUAGUGUACAGAAGAUAUGCAGGUCUGUAUUUCUGCAUUUGUGUGGACGUGAACGACAACAACUUGUGUUACCUGGAGGCUAUACACAACUUUGUGGAGGUGCUCAAUGAAUACUUCCACAAUGUGUGUGAAUUAGAUUUAGUAUUCAACUUUUUCAAGGUGUACACAGUAGUGGAUGAAAUGUUCUUAGCGGGAGAGAUCAGAGAAACAUCUCAAACUAAGGUUUUGAAGCAACUGCUAAUGUUGAACUCUCUAGAAUAAGGUUAUUCUAAAGUUUGAAGAUUCUAUGCUUGUUAGCUGAUAAAGUAAAUGUUUAAAGGAUUUGGGAAUUUUACAUGUUUAUGUAAUUUUUCACUAAAAAACACUGGUCUGGUAGACAAACAUGUCUUGUGUCUAGGGGUGAAGUUUAUAUAAAUGUUUUCUGAUAGUGAAAUCUCAGGUUAUAAUAAUGUUGAUACUCAAAAUAGAUGAUUUGGCUUCUGAAAAUAUUGUAUUAGCUAGUUUCUAGUAUAAAAAUGAUCACAGGAAUAAAACCCAUUACACACAAAUCAUUUUUCUUGUCAUAAAAAUGUCGAGGUUUUAUAUAAGCUUUGAGAUCUUUAAAAUGUUUUUAAAGAAGUCUAGACAAAUGUAGUGGUCCCUAAAUAAUUUUGAUUAUUAUUUCUAGCUUUUCAGACGCAAUGUAAUUCCACAUUCAUAGAAAUUAUAAAAAAAAAAUUCUGAAUUGCCAGGAUUUGUUAGUAAAUAAAAAAAAAACUGAAAUAUAUUGAAUCUUUUAGCAAAAAUAUAGUAUAAAGUGAGAGUGAAGUAUUGAUUGGUAUGUUAGUUUUUAAUUUUAUAUGUAUAUAGGAAUUGUGUGGACGAUGAUUUGUUGGACUACCUAUAUUAUCUUUAUUUUGUGUCUGGCUUAAAAUAUAUAUUGUUUUCUCUUAAUUUCUGCUUUUUUAUAAUAAUCUAACAUUUAAAUGCAGGCAGUAAUUAAUCUUUGGUUUCUGUCAUAUAUUGAAAUGUGGGUAGUUGAAAAUAUUCCAGAUGUCAAAUGUAUUUAAAUGUUUAUUAGCAUAUAGUUAAGUGUUAAAUAAAACAUGUAUCUUUA